AUACCUCCAACUCUCCGCAAGUACUUUUAGCACAUGCAUGAAAUUACCGCUGUUUACGACCCAAACAGAACGUUUGCUGCUUAAUUGAAUUUUAGACAUCGACAUACAAUUACAAAAUUCGCCUCCAGCUGCAAAAAUGUCCCAGGAGCACUGGAUGCGCGAUUUGCCGCCGGAGUUACGCGAUCUAUCAAUUAUCAAUUUGGCCAUACCAGGUUCCCACAAUACGAUGACCUAUGGUAUUAAUAGCGACUCAAAGCUAGCGCCCGAUGCGGAUACUGCAAUACGUCGUUGGCAUCGCAUUUUCCCAUGCUUUGUUCGGCGUUGGUCAAAAAAUCAAUCUUCGAGCAUUUUGGAGCAACUGAGUCUGGGUGUGCGUUACUUCGACUUGCGUAUAGCACAACAUGAGGGCAAAUUCUAUUACUGUCACGGUGUCUUUGCUAUGGAAGUGUUCGAACCCCUGCAGGAGUUGCGUCAGUUUCUGGACACCCAUCCCGAAGAAGUCGUUGUGUUGGACCUACAACAUUUCUAUGAUAUGACCAUUCCACAUCAUCAGCAGCUGCACAAGGAGCUGGUACAGUUCUUCGAUCAACGUCUGUAUGCCACAACGGAUGGUCCGCUGCUUGAAUGCUCCUUGACACGCUGCGCCGAGCUGCAGCGCCAAGUGGUGCUCAUCUGUCGUCGCUGUCCAAUUGGUCUGCCUGCCCAGUUCUGGCCCAGUUAUGCUUGGCCCACGCCGUGGCCCAAUACGGCCAGUAUUAAGAAGCUGCAGUCUUUUCUUGCCGACUCGCUGCUCUCUCGCCAACCCCAACAGGGCUACGUCUCCCAGUGUUUGCUCACGCCCACGGGUCGCUAUAUAGCGCUGCGAUUGCUCUUCACCCUGAAGCGCACAGCGAAACGCGUGGAUCGUAAACUGAAGCCGUGGAUAGUGGAACAGUUGCCAGGACCCUUUGACAAUGGCCAAAAGCCGCGCGUAAAUGUUUUUCUCGCCGAUUUUGUUAAUCUCAAAGAUGGCCAAUUCUGUGAUUGGGUCAUCAAAUUGAAUAGCAAACUGGAGUGGGAUAAAACUGAGCUCAAAGGCGAAGAUGAUUGGAACAGAAUCUACUCUAACGAAUAAUCGUAUAAAUAUUGUUAUAGAUGAUAUUGUUUGUUUCUUUAUAUAUUAGCACGAAUUUGUCCACAAUGCUCUCUUGAUGCUUUUUGAAAUACUCUCAAUUUGUAUGCAAUGCUCUCCACUCUUUUGUAUUUCUGUCUUUCUUUGAUGCUAUUUAUAAUGCUAACAAUUCUUAUGUAUUGCUGUCUUCCAUUGGUGCUAUUUACUAUGUACAAAAUGUCCAUUUACACAAGCGGGCUUUAAACUGCUUUUUUAUGCCUAUUUGCCAUACGUAAAGAAAAAUGUUUUAAACAGCAAAGUCUUGCACAGUUAUAUAUUCAUUUACACACAUAUAUAUAUAUAUAUAUAUAUUCGUUUUGAAUUGAAGCUAAUCUAACUUCUAAUCUAUAUCUUUAUUGUUGUGUUUUGCUUGUAUUGUUAUUUACUAAAGCACUUCACAAUUGAAUUUUUUAGUAUAUACACAAUAAAAGUGAGUUACAAUGUCAUUAGGGGAUUGUUAUUCUAGGGUAUAAUAUAAUUUUGUAAGAGUCACAAGACGGCACAAAUCAUAUAUAUUAGAUAUCUAUGUAUGUGGUUUUACAUUGUACAUAUAACUAAUCUAUAUAGAUACAAACCUCUUUACAAUCUCAAUUCUUUAAAGAGUAAAAAGUUUAUAGUUGCGACAAUAACAAAUAAAAUUUAACGCUAAUUACCAACUAACUUCUAGUCGAGCAUGCCCAGUGCCUAGCGCAAUUUUAAUUUUGAAUUGUUUAACCUAUCAUUUAGGUGAAUGUAAAUGCGUGAUAAGAAAAUGCAAGUACUUGGAAUAAAGUUCUGAUAAGAAUA